AUGGCAGCGUCGCAGCGAUGAACCAGAACAAACAGUCCCCAAAAACAAAGCGGGCCCCACGGAAAUCGAAUGCCCACGGGCCAUCAUCUCCAACUCUUAUCUUAUCUCCAACCAACCAAUAUCAUCGUCACCACUAACAGAACUACUCUCUCCCCGCCACGUAACCGCCAUUUCUUCCCCUCUCCCCACCGGCCGGACACACAACAAUCCAUAUUUUGAAAAACUUCAAUCUAUAAUAUAAAAUGGCUUUUUCAGCUUCUCUAUCAUCUCAUAUUCCCUUCCACACUAAUCCUACUAUACUCUCUCCAAAACGCACCAAACCAAUCAAAACGAUGCUACCACCACCAGCCGCCAUCCCCCCUCUCUCCACCGCCACCACCACCUCCAUCCCAGACUUUUCCACUCUCGCCGUUAUAAGCGGCGGCUCCAUUGCUGCACUGGCCGCCUUGCUUUCCCUCGCGGACCCAGAGCGCCGGCGCCGACUCCAGGCCGAGGAAGUCGGUGGUGGAGAUAAAGACGUUGUGAGAGAGUACUUCAAUAAUUCAGGUUUCCAAAGAUGGAAGAAGAUUUACGGUGAGACUGAUGAUGUGAACAAAGUUCAGCGUGAUAUUCGUCUGGGUCACGCGAAGACCGUUGAAAAUGUGAUGAAUAUGUUGACUGAAGAAGGGUCUUUAAGAGGAGUAACAGUUUGUGAUGCCGGGUGUGGGACCGGGAGUCUGUCGAUUCCGUUGGCCAAAGAAGGGGCGAUUGUUUCGGCUAGCGACAUUUCGGCGGCUAUGGUCGCUGAAGCUAAGAAACAGGCAGAAGAGCAACUAUCAGCAGGGAAUGAAGGUGAAACACCCGUGCUGCCUAAAUUUGAAGUGAAGGAUCUGGAGAGUUUAGAUGGAAAGUAUGACACGGUAGUCUGCUUAGAUGUCUUGAUACAUUAUCCCCAGAAUAAAGCAGAUGGGAUGAUUGGCCACCUGGCUUCAUUGGCUGAAAAACGCCUUAUUCUAAGCUUUGCACCAAAGACAUUUUACUAUGAUUUGUUGAAGAGAGUGGGAGAGUUGUUUCCCGGGCCUUCAAAGGCAACAAGAGCAUAUCUCCACGCAGAGGCAGAUGUGGAGAGAGCACUACAAAAGGCUGGGUGGAAAAUAAAUAAGAGGGGCUUAAUUACUACACAGUUCUACUUUGCAAGGCUUGUUGAGGCUGUCCCUGCAUAGAGGGAAGAAAGGUUAGAUUUGGAUUUUUACCUUAUUCCACUUUUUCCGUUGCUAUAAAUGGUUGUGAAAGUGGUGCAAGUUUUUUGUAGAGCCCUAAUUUUUGUUGUAUCUCAUCAUUAUGUACACGUAUCUAUGUAUCUGUAAUGUAUAUUAGAUGUCCCUCUUAGUACCUAACUUUUGAGCCAAU